AUGGCAAUCAACGAAAGCAUCAUCGCAAUAUCAUGUGACAUUUUCAUGAAUAUCAUGAAUAGUAAGCCAGUCAAUAUAUUCAAGUCAAAUCAAUAUUAUUGUAACAAUGGUAGUUCAAUCGGUGGUCGAUGUAUAUGUAUAAGAGGCUAUAGUGGUACUUAUUGCAAUCGUGUCAUGCACUGCAAGUUUAAUAAAUUUCAAUCGAAUGGAAGUUGCGUCGAUUGUUCGGAUGGUUGGAAAGGUAUUAAUUGUGAUCAAAUUCAGUGCAUUCAUGGUGUAUCGGAUGCAAGUGGACAAAAUUGUAUAUGUGAGAUGCCAUAUAGCGGACAAUUCUGCAAAUCCUUAGAGACAUCCGAUGUUUACUUUUAUUACAAUCAAAAGGUUUAUCAAUUUGGACCAAUUGGCGCUUUAUCAAUAUUACCGCUUCUGGUGAUUUUGUUUGGAUGUGAACGAACAGCUCAAUCACGAAGAAUUAAACGUAUCGAAAAGCAUCUUUACGAGCAGAACAUAAUAGUUAAUCGCCAUAAGAUAUCGACAUUUCUCACCAGAAAGACAAAAAUGACCAGUAAUUAA